ACCUCCUCGCUCAUACCAAGAGAGAGAGAGAGCGCGCGAUAGAGCAGCUGAUAUUUGUUGUUGUUGUGACGGUGACGCGGCAGACCGACCGACCAAGCAAGCGGCGGCAAAUGAGUCAGCAACGAUAGCGGUAUUUUUUUCUUCCGACGUGAACAUUUGGGUCUCAAAGGAUUCCAACAAUCUGUAAUUACCACGUCUUUUACGAAAAUGGCGGUUCCUGCAGCACACAGCCUGCAGUUGAACACAACGAGACAAAGCCCCGUCAACUCUUCAGAAAACAGCAUUGACAUCGACGAAAAAGAUUUGGAAAACAUAACGCAUAGCGAAGAGGACGGCACUUCCCUACCUUUGCAUUCUCCCUGGACAUUUUGGCUUGAUAGGUCAUUACCAGGUACUACGGCAGCUGAAUGUGAAUCGAAUCUAAAGAAGAUCUACACAGUGCACAGCGUCCAGAGUUUCUGGAGCGUUUAUAACAACAUUCCCCCCGUGACGGGUCUGCCCCUACGCUGCAGUUACCACCUAAUGAGGGGGGAGAGGAGGCCACUCUGGGAAGAAGAGCUAAAUGCUAAAGGAGGUGUUUGGAAGAUGAAAGUACCCAAAGAAAGCACUUCCGCAGUAUGGAAGGAGUUGCUAUUGGCCACUAUUGGGGAGCAGUUUGCGGAUUAUUGUGCAUCAGAGGAUGAAGUGGUUGGAGUCAGUGUUAGUGUGCGGGACAGAGAAGACGUCGUUCAAGUCUGGAAUGGAAACGCUUCUUUUGCCAAUGAAGCCAACAUACUAGGAAGAAUCUAUGAACUUCUCCCACAGAUAACUUUUAAAGCAGUAUUUUAUAAGCCACAUGAGGAGCACCAUGCUUUUGAAGGAGGACGCUCAAGACAUUAACAGGCUUCUUGCACAUUCAGCAUUUUUCCCCUCCGUUUUUUUGUUUUUUUUGCAUUUUUAUGGAUGGUUAAAGGAAAGAUGGACUGAAUUAUUUUCUCCCGACUCCUCUCCCAAGAACACUACUGUCUAAAUGUGUAAGUUGUCUGCUAUCACCGCCAUCGUCCUGGGAAAUCAGGGAAAAAAGCAACAAAAUGUUACAGCUUCUUUUUUCAGGUCUUUCUCAUUGGCUUUUUUUAAGUUGAUGAAAACUUUUUGUCUUUUUAUCAGCAAUACCGAAAAGGAGAGAUAGAGAGAGAGUGAGCAUUCGACAGUAGCACAUGUAGUAUUUUUUUAUUCCACUAGGGGGAGCGCUCCAUACUUUUUUCCCAGCGUUGUCAUCGCUUCAGGGUAGUUCAGUGUGUUGUAGGCUCUCUCGGCUGCUUCAAAACGUCCCGUAGGUGCAUGACGGACAUCGGUGUCUGAGACAUCAGUGUCCCUCUGUGCUCUCUGUGAUCCUGCCCUCUCUGCAGUCAAGAGAAUUCCUGUGCAGUCAGUUCUCAAUUUUGCAUUGAAUUGUAAUUUUUGUUGUUAUACACUUUCUUUACUUUUUUUCCUUUUCUUUUUUUUACUGCAAGAUAUUGCACAAACAUCCAUUCAUGGUAUGCCAGGGGAACGUAGUCAGUCAGUCAGCCAGCCAGCCAGCCAGCCAGCAAUUGACCCACUAAGAGAGAUAUAAUGUGGCAGUUUAGCUGCUCUACAAAGUUGGCGAAAGCUAUGACACCCAGGGCAGCUAAGGUGGAUUAAGUUUAGGUUGAGUUAGGUGUAGAUUAAGAUUUAGGUUUAGGUUUUAUGGAGAGUGUGCUUUGGGACAUGAACGCUCUGAAAGCCAGUGUACAAGUAUAUCCGCCUGUAUGCUGGAAUGCUCUGUUAGCAAGCCUGCCUCACUGUUAUGUAGUCUAUAAUAUUUUUUUACCACUAAUUUGAUCGAAUGUUGAAAAUAACCCAUGUGGUAAAAGUGUUUUAAUCAUGAGCUCAUUUUAUUUUUUAACAAGAGAAUCCAUAGAUCACCAUCACACAAAGACUUGGCAUUAAAAGGCUGUAUUUGUAUUGUCUUUAGACUAGUUCACUGUUGCCAUUGACAGCCGAAAGCAGUAUGAUCAAUGUAGAUACUGCUCACUGCAUCAUUUCUCAUAGCGCUGCGUUUUGUAUACUGUGGGUAGUACAGAAUGAUAGGAGACCACCUUACUCGACUAAAAAAAUGUUAGUACCUACAACCCAUGUGUACACUAUUUUGUACAUGGUAGGGUUUUUUUUCUGCCUUUACUUUUUGGCCAAAUGCCAAACGUGUGUUCUUUUCUUUUGUUCCCGCUUUUGUCUUCUCACACAGUGGGUCUAUCCCUCAUUCUGUGCGCUCUCGUACUGUGGUUUAAUUAUGGGCUUUAUUGCUUGUGUUGUUGUUUGUGAGUUGUUGGGGACGUGUGUGGGCAUUUAUGACCAGGGAAGCAGACAGCGGGGACAAAAAAGGGUUCAGGUGUCCCGGGCCCAAUGGAGAGAGAGAAAGGGGUCCCAGAAUUGGGUCCUCAUUUACAUUGUAUGUAUUGGGUGUUAGGGGCCUUCGGAAUGGUUUUGUCCUGGGCCCAGCAAAAGCUGCCAGGGGCCCUGUUUUUGACUGUGCUGGUAGUGCUAGUGGAGACUGGGCAAAGCAUGAGCUGUUGUUUCUCUGAAACCAAAGACACUGUUCUUGCCCUCUCGCCCCUUCUCACGCAAACCUCUUUUUUAUACUCCUAUUGUUUCUGUAUUUCUCGUUUUAUUUCUUUGUUUGUGUCUUUCUUUUUUUGUCUUUUCCGGUUUAUUUGUUGAGGUGGGCAAAGAACUGCACAUAAAAAAACAAUGACUGUACCUUUUGCCCUGGAGGUGUUGAUGUUGAGAAGAGGGAGUUGCGAUUGUGAAGACACCAUUUUAGUUGUUGGCGUUAAGUUGCCUCUUGCGCUGAGUUUUUAAACGGCUUUUAUUUCAACCAUUUAUUCCAUCAUCCCAUAUACAGUCAGUUCACUUGUUGUACAAAAAAGGGUUUUGGAAUAGGCUACCUGUUGGCAUAGAUAUGGUGGGAAAAUCAGAAAGGCCUGUGCUAGUGGUUCAGGUAAAAAAAAAUGUAUGUGAAAAUGCACUAAAAGCACAAUUAUGUCACAAAGCUCGCCAUGUUUUUUUUAGGCAAGAGAAGGAAAGCAAGCACCUCUUUACACGACUCUGCUCUACUUUCUCCUGAAUUGCAGCCUUUUCUUAUGAUGUGGUAUCUUUUUACAAGACAAGAGUACUGAAAUUAAUGUCUUUAUUUUUCUGAGUACAUGGUGGUGAAUCCGGCCGGGGCUCACGGUCAUCAGCUGCGAGCUCCAAAGCGAUUGGUCAUCCUCUGGAAUGGUGCCUUGUGUUUCUCCCAGGGUUUCUGUCAUAGAAUGUUUUUCAGUUUUAUUUCAAUGUAUUUAAUCAGUUAUAAAAUUGAAAUAUUUUUGCCUAUAGGUUUUGAUCUAUUGAUUUAAAUAAAAAAUGAACAUAACUGUAA